CUCUGCAUUAGGUGGCGCCAAUUUCGCCUUCUGUAGGGGGCGCCAUGUGUUAGAUAUUUGCGAAAGGACCCAUUUAAAGAGUGAUUAAAUUUAUUGUUAAUACCAGCAAAACGCUUAAAAUGACUUGGUGCAGGUGCAGCAAGGAGGUGUGAGCAUCGGAAGAAACAGUGGCGCCUCCAAGACAUCGCUGGGCCCCCCCUGGGGCAUGAACGGGGAAGGCAGAAGCAUGGACAACUACCGUGGUUCCGUGCAGACGUGGAACCCACCAGUGGCCAUCAAGCAGGAACCAGAGUAUGACCUGUAUGGAGAGACAGCACAGAGCCACCAUCAUCGUCAUCUGCAGCAUACACACCAGCAGCAGAACCCGUCAUCACAUCACUCAGGCUCCGAGUUUGUGAGGUCACCAUACUUCCAGCAGCAGUACAUGAUGCCUGCAGAAAAUGGCUGCCACUACCACAUGACUGAGGUGGGCCAGCCGGAGGAGGAGGAACACAGUCCGGGCACACACAAAAAACGCGGCCGCAAGAAGAAAAUCAAGGCAGAAGACCAGGAGCUGCCAUUGGGUCUUGAACCAGGACAGCCCGUUCCCGUGAUACGGAAACGUGGUCGUCCACGGAAAUACCCCAUUGCUGAAGGGCUGGACAACCCGGAUGAUGGCCGUCGCCCUCUCAAGCAGGAGAAGAUAACUGAUUCGUUCAAGCAGAGAAAGCGCAUUGACCGCUUUGAGGGCAUGCCCGAGGAAGAAGUGGCCAAGCGGACCUUGCCAGACCAUUUGGUGCCCAACCUGGACAUUGUCAUCAUUGGCAUCAACCCUGGCCUCUUUGCUGCUUUUAAAGGCCACCACUAUGCUGGUCCUGGGAACCAUUUCUGGCGCUGCCUGUUCUUGGCCGGCCUCAUUCCUGAACCUAUGACGGCUGUAGAUGACUUCAAACUCAUCCACUAUGGAAUUGGCUUCACCAACAUUGUCGCCCGCACGACACGAAGCAGUGCCGAUUUAUCCAGGAAAGAAAUCAAGGAAGGUGCAGAGAUACUCCUGGACAAGCUAAAAAUAUUUCAGCCUCGCAUAGCAGUAUUCAAUGGGAAAGGCAUCUAUGAAAUUUUUUCUGGGAACAAGAACUUUGUGUUUGGGCGACAGCCAGAGCCAAUCGAAGGGACCAAUGUGUCGGUGUUCGUGAUGCCAUCAUCAAGUGCCAGGUGCGCUCAGCUGCCCAGAGCUGUGGACAAGCUGCCAUUUUAUGUGGCAUUGAAGAAGCUGCGUGACCACCUGCGAGGGCAUCUACCCAUGCUGCACCCAUCGGAGGUUACAUUUCCAGACGUUAAGCUCAAGGUGGAGGCAAAGGAGGAGCCAUGUGAUGAUGAAGAUGCAGCCACAAAUGAAUCGGACCCUUUUUCUACAGAGGGCACAGAUGAUGGGAGCUCGGGAUAUGAUGGCAGCAACACAUUUCAUGUGCAGAUCAAGGAAGAGCCUGGCAGCGGGGACCACCCUGUUCCUGGAAGCUACCUGCCCGAUCCGCCUAAAAGACGGGGGCGGAAGAAAAAAACGGAGACGGCUGCUUCGCAGUCUGACUACAGCCUUGCAAGGGCGUCCAUCGGGAUGCAGCCACCGGUGCUCACGCAACAGCAGCGUCUCCAGCCAAUGCAUCAUCACACGGCCCAGCUGCCCAAUAACCAGAUGGCACAGCCGACGAUGCACUCCCAGCAGGACAUGCCUCAGCAGCAGAUGGACUACCACAGCAGCUACUACAGUGCGCAGUGCAAUCAGCAACCAUACUACCAGCAGGACGGCUUCCCGGAUCAGGCCCCCCAGUAUGGCCAGUGGAACAGUGGGGCACAGCAGCCUGAGUACCCGUGCCAGCAGCCGGCCGAGCCCAGCCCCCCGGGCUCCAACUGGGCCUACCCGUCGACCUAUUCGGAAGACCUCUGCCGCGCUGCCGAAUUCCCGUCGUGGCUCAAGCAGGAACCACAGGACUCGUGCGACACUGGGGGCAGCUACUGCUGAAAGCUCAGAAAGCAGCCAAGUGUUGGAGCCACCACCAGUGUCCCCCUUCAUCUCGUACCUGCAUUCGGCAAGUCCUGCGCAAACCUGAUACUAUAUGCUUCCCUCUGUACAGCAAAGCAGGUUGUGACAUCAACAAGCCAGUAUGUGCCAGACAUGUGGGAGGACACUUCUGUGCCAAGUUCACUUGUGGGAAUAAAAAGAUUAUCUGAACAAAUUAACAAGUUGGCACGAAUGCAACGUUUCCGGCUACUUGAGCGGCCACAUGCAAAUCAGGGCUUGGAUGCCGCCACGGUCUUUUGGUAUCAACGCUUGUUACGCCAGCGCUAGUUAAGCUCAGUGAAUGGCGUCCUCUUGCAAGAGUUACGAUGGUUUAUGCAGCUGGCUGGGACUUGCUGACAAUCUAUGAUAGCAUUUUAAUAUAUCAGCCAUACAUAUUGCUGGCACAGAUUUCUCGAGGUUUUUAUACUUAAAUCAUAAAGCAGUUUGCUUCUUCUGAGAAUUUUCAAGUGACUUGAGCUGAAAAAGCACAAGUAGUGAAUCAAAAGUAAACUACAAAGAAAUUUGUGCACAAAUUUUUUGUUUAUGUGAAGACUGCCAUGUGAGCACACCUGAUCAUGAAACUUAUGCAAAACAAGAGUUUAAAGAUGUAAUACCUCCAAAUGUGUAGGGCAGGAUCUGCACCUCAGAAAAGGCUGUUUCUUUCUUUCUCUCGCUUAUGUUGAAUGAAGGAAGGAAAUUCUGAGGGCUUGCUUCUUUGUUUUAACACAACCUUAAUGAAAACCAGCAGAUAAUGAAACCAAGGAAAGUUAAUUGUACUGUUUUAAGCGUAUUGCAGUAAUUGUGAUAUAGCUGGGAAGGAAGUAAAGUGGACGACUUGCUGCCGGCAGGGACCGAACCUGCGACCUUCGGAUGCUGUGUACAGAUAUUGUUGUUCAUUCACAUGCUUGCCCACCAUGAGGUCACGGUGUCAUUUGCAAAAAUUCUUUUUUUUUUUGUGGUCUAUCGUGAAAGCUUUCCAUUCAGUCCACAAAAGUUGAUUGAAGCUGACCUUGAGGCUUGCGCAAUUCCUUCUGAUAUUUUGUCGACCUCAUGGCUGUAUUGUACUAGUUCCCGUGUGAUGUUUUCCUGGGGCAAAUAACGCAUCUGCAAAGGCCACAUAUUUAUUGAACGCACUUGUAGGUAUUUGCACCAUGUCAUAUGUCGAUGAACUGUAUAUUUCUCAUGUACUUGCACAUGACAAGUAAUAUAUUAUGUCUGAGCUUACCAUGACAUAAAAAUCCAUACUUUUAAUUGCUUUGAUGUGGCAAAUUCUGAGAAAUAUUCACAAGUGCGGCAAGAAUGUAGUCACUGCCAGGAAGCACACUUUCAGACGGAACAGUACACAGAGUCUGGUGCUACAAAGAUACCUGGCAGGCUGUCUGUGAAGGUGGUGCAAAAAUAUGAACACGCUGUUAAUUAUAGGUUUCCUUUGUACUGUGCAAUAGCGUUUAAACUGUUGGACACCUCUAAAAUAAAGCAAUGUUACACAACGGCACACACUCAUGGUAUGGUUCCUCGCUGAGGCAAUAAUUACAGUGUGUGCUUAACUUUUAGCACAACUGUGCAAUUUAAUGACUGAUGUGGUUAGUGUUCUCCUCUGACAUUUUUUUUUCUAUUCAUGAAUUCACAUGUGGCUUUAAUCUUCUCGUGAGAUGACGAGACAGUCUGCAGACUCGUGUGAAAACUUGUGUGUGUUCGUCUUGCUUCUCUGUUGCCUAAACUGGUGGUGUUGGUUGUUUCCUGUCAAAACGCAUCUCACCACAUAGCAAGCAAAUGAACAAACAAGUGUGGGCCACAGCUGAUAUGAAAUGGCUGUGUAGCCCAAAAAUGGACGAAAUUACAACCACGCACCCUCUUUCGAGGGAAGCUGCAUUUCCUACAAGUCAGUGCCGCGUUCACGAAUGCCCUGUGCUUGCAAAAUGCACAAUAAAUAAGGCAAGGUGACUACACUGGUGGCAUGGUCACAGGACAACUGCUCCAACAAAGAACCAAUUUCAAAAAUUAUUUUGGUAAAAUGCCUUACAACUUCCAGUGCAUAACCAAAAUUUGCCAAGGUGAGGGGCCCUUGAAGGCCCUAGUUGUUUCAAGUUUCUGCUUCCAACUAAACUGCUAAGAUAUUGCACAUUUGUCCUUAAGCAAGCACUAUUUACACUCUAGUGCACAAAAUAUUGGGCAAAAUGUUAAUGUGAUACAAGUGCAUUUUUAAAGGCAUAAACAUGGUCCGUAAAUCUGGUAUAAAAUGUAAUUUGAAACGCAUGUACAACUUAAGUUGAGCCUAGCCUUUAUAUUGUGCUUAAAUGCAACAUAGAAACAGCACAUGUUGCUCAUUGCGCCAAAUGAACUCGCCAGAAGACAUCGGUAUGAUAGCUAUGCUCUCCACUUGUGUUUGUUGGCCUUACAGAGAGCCCAUUUCUGGGCAUGGCCCAGUGACAAUCAUGUCUACAAAAGGUUGCUCCUAUGUAAAAGGUUCCAACGAUUUCCUUUAUUUCUAGAACAUCUAGCAAAGACAUCACGUGUAAUAGCUGAUGAGGAAUGUUCCCGAAGGUCCGUCAUCUCGCAGCAUUUAUUAAGAAGUUGUGUUAAUGCUUUUAUCCGUCGUACUUGCUACGUGGCUCAAAUUGAAAAAUGUGCCCCUCAAUAAAUUUGAGGUGUAGUGGUGACUGCUCUUCUCAAAUGGUGAGCUUCUUUUGUAAUGAGAAAUUAAUGAUGACGCCUGUGGUUCAAGCAGUUUUGUCUUUUCUUAUGUAGUACAAGCAAAUAUGUUCAGCAUGAAGCUAUUUUAUUGCCACUUGUCCCAGGAGCAACAAGGAAUUGGAUAAUAAAAUUGUUGAGUUUGUAUUUUCUUGUGUGUGUUUAAAAGCAACAGGUUACCUUUGAGACAAACUCUCUUAACCUGAAUUUGUUGAAGGAAACUUGAACCACCUUUAUUUGAAGUCUCAAAAACACUUAAGAAUGAUUGAAUUUCCUCUCAGAAAUAAGUAAAAAUACAUCACCAAAGUAACUUUUAAAAGAUCUAGUACGACAUUUCAUUCCUAUUGGUGACUGGGCAGAUGUUGCUUCUUUGAGAAGUGCAGCUUAAAACGUCCCCACAGUAGGUCCUGCCUGCCAACAAACGACCACAGCUGGCCCCCUCGCUUCACAAAGAGCUUGUGAAGUACAAAAUGUGACUGAAGUGUUCACAGACUUUUUUUGCCUGCAAAAUGUCUUUCCUCCUCACAAGGUGGGUCAGGGCCCCUGAUUUAUCACACUUCAUUUAGCUUAAUAUUGUUGAGCCAGGCACAACGCUGUGAAUAGGAUAUUGAUAUUAAAGGGAUGCUAAAAUGAAGUCAAGUUAGAGUUAUGGAUUAUUCUUUGAAAGCUCUAUAAUUUCACCCUCAUAGGUUGACUAAUGGUAGAGAAAGUCAAAUUUUCGGGCUUUUAAUUCUAUGCACAUGUACAAUGUCACUUCUUCAAAUUUUGGCCUCCACUAGAUUUUCUGGCGCUUGGCUCUUAUCCUCUGGGAGGGCCUCAUUUUUACUGAUUGUGUGAGCUCUGGCAGACACAGUUUAAAUCUAUGACAUCAACACUUGUUGGUACAGGAACUUGUUUUCCUUUUUUGUGCAUUUUUUCUUGGCAAGAGUUGUGCUAUUUGUAAAUGGUAACUUACUAAUAUGAGAUAAAUCGUUUUUCUCUUUAGUGCCAUUCAAGAAACAUAUAUUACUUGCCAUGAGUUGUGACAGGAAAGUCUCUUCAAUGCUGAUAGUCCAUACGUCGUACAUGCAUGUGUCUUGUAAAUUGCAGGAUUUUGCAGCGCGCGAACAUAGGAAAAAAGGACAGAGUAGACAGAAAGAGCGCUGUUUCUGUCUACUCUGUCCUUUUUUCCUAUGUUCGCGCGCUGCAAAACCCUGCAAUUAUGAACACUAACCAACUAGCCCAGGCCUCCACACUUAUAAGCUACAUGUCUUGUAAAAUUUUCAGCAACUUUUUUAAUUUACUAUUACUGGCUGGUCAACUCUCACAUCUAACAAACAAUUGCUUUUCAUCUGCUAUUUCAUUUUGUAACACAUAGGGUUUUCGUGAAUAGAACAAAUCAUCCACUCAAAUUAACAUUCUGCCUGAAUGUUUGUUUUUUUUGCUGUUUGAGUGCGUUUUUUUUUUUUUGGUACACCAUGUCCCCUGUGAAUGCAGUGUAUGCAUACGGGGACCAUGUCCAUCAUGGAAACCAGUAAUGAAGGAAAUGGCUUGUGGUGGAACUCUGCCAGAGAGAGAUAAUGAACUUAGGUGGGUGUUGGGAGAGCUGCACUUCCUAUUCGCACAGUUCGUCCUGUCCACUGCAAGACGAAGGUCCUGUGCCGAUUCCAUUUUGUCUAGCUUGCUGCUGUCCUCAACUGUGUUUCCCAUCCCUUGGUUGCUCUUACUGUCCACUAAUUGUCAUUAUGUGGUCGGCCCAGCUCCGUCUCAUUCAUUUGAGGUCAACUAGAAUAUCGGCUAUGCUGUCUUCCGUUACGCAUCGUGCCUGCCAUUUUCUGGUUCGCUGCACGCUCCUUAACUUUUCCCCGAGUUUCUUUGUUGUCCACCAAGUUCCUGCCCUGCGUGUUAGCACUGGCAGUAUGCAGUGAUGGUAUGCUUUUCACUAUGGCUAGUAAGAGUGGGGAAUGAGCCAUCCUUAUCCUUUGGUGAACUUGUCACUCUCAGAAUGACAGAAAGUUGAGAUAGUCGGCAAGGUAGGCACACAAGAGAAGAGAUGAAAGGGCAUCGGGAAAGAAAGUUGACACGAAAGCUUAUCCACCCCAGUGCACCUUUUCAGCUGAUAUAGGGUUGCCGUGAUCUCUUCUCCUGUGUGCAUGCUGGUACGAAUUCCAAAUGCUGGUCGCUCGUUUUGAACAUGUCUAGUUUUGUCAGGCUAUUGAGCAUUAUCUUUGUUCUCGGUACUGUAUCCAUUUUUAGCCCUGCCUUAUUAUUUUAUCAGUUUAGGUCUCGAAUCGCUUUUUGACUGUUCAUCACCGUCAUUGUGCUAUGUCAUCCACAAACUGUAGGCUUCUGGGAUAUUCUCCAUUAAUCUUUAUUUCCAUUUGUUUUGCUAGGCAUGCAGGGAACAGCAUUAAAGGCUCCUCGCCUGACCCCUUUUUCAUUUUCUUGUUUUUAUUUUGAACCGACAGCGUAGCCAUCAAGUCUGUGUAGGUUUUAGCUAGAGCACUUACGUAUGUCUCAACCGCCGCUUGGUAACACAAGGCAGCUGGUGCCUCUACCGAGUGAAAUGCCAAUUCGUAAUCUAUGAAAGCUAUAUAAUAAGCAGAUUUCUCAAUUACCCGAUUGAUCGCAUGGGUGCGAUUUAUUGAAAAAUGCCCCUUCCUGAAGCCAUCGAGUGGAGUGUUUCUCUUAUCCUCUGGGAAAUUUCAUUCGUAAAUAUUUUGUACAAAACUGAAAGUAAGCUGAUGCUCUGUAAUUGUUGAAAUCUUUUAUGCCUCCCGUCUCGUGUAUUAAUAUUUUCCAGCUCACACGAUCGCAUUUAACAAAAAUUGUGACUGAUUUGCUUUAUUUUGUUUGUAAUUUUAUGGUGGAGCACAUCAUACUAUGUGUUUCACAUAAACUAGAGCCAAGGAUUUUAAACGAGUGGUACACUGCAGGUAGGUGAAAUAAAUGGCAUAGCACUUUAGUGAGAUCACCCUGGCAGAUAUUCUGAUAGUUGCUUGAGGAACAUCAUUAUGUCAUGGACAAGGCGAUAGAGGGGAACCCAGUGGCAUAUCGGAGAAAGUAAAAGGCGGCUAUGUACUAACGUACUUCAGUAUUCAACAAAGCCCUGGCUAUUGGAGAUUUCUGCACAGCUUUGUAGUAAUUAUAAAUUCAAUUAUAAGUCUUAAUUAUUACACUUGCAUAUAUUUUAGAUGUGCAUGUGGUUUAAACGUUAAACUUAGCAGCCAUAUUUAUCUGUGUCCAUUCAUGACACCAACUUACCCGCUUUUCAUAAGAAUGGUAUUUGUGGAGUGAUUUGUGACUACAGCAAAAACUUUAUGUCAAGGACCUAAAAGAUUGCAAAGCACAACACUUGACCUCCUCAUAGCAUGAAGGCCUGUGUACCGGAGGUAUUCUGUCGUCGGAGUGGCAAAACAUUAUUUUAAUUUAUUUUAUUUUAUUAAUUUGAAUUAAUGGAACGUUUUCUAUUGUAAUGAAUGCUUUACACCAGUUGCAGUACAAUACAGGGACCGAGGCUGGGUCUGCUAUAACAAUGCACGAAUGGGCCAGCCAAUCAGGCCAAAGAUAUUUCUUCUGCAGCUCGCAGCUGCCCACACGCAAGCGCGCCAGUGUGACACUUCAUUCAGAUUAACUUUAUUUGCCCCGUGGGCCGCCUUUGGGCACUGCAAAAAGCACCAUGCAGGAGAUGUACUGUGCAGAAAAUCUAAACAAAAUUUAUUCAUUCAUUCUGUUGAUUCUGUACCUCUGUUACAACAUAAUGAAAUAUACUUGGCUCGCAAGUGCAUAGCUUGUUUAAAUUUUAUAAUUUGCCUUAGUUAAGACAUUUAAGCAGAAUAACGAAAGUACCAUACUCUAGGGAGUACCACAUGAUGAAACAAUAUCCUGCAUGGAGCUAGACACUCACACAUAGCAUGAGAGUUAAUGGUGCUAAGACAGGGACUUGCAACACUGCAGACGCCAACUAACAAAUGAUAAUUCUUUUAGAACACAAUGCAUGUUUGCGUGCAUUCUGCUUGCCUGGUUCACAUACUUGCAUCUGUGCAACAACCACAGCAUAGUGCACAAUCAGUUCAUCCAGGAGAGCUGUCUAAGUGCAUUGUUUCUUUCUUCUUGGAGAUACAAGGAUGCUAUGCCGAUGCCUUUGUCGCCUUUCCAUUUGAGAUAGCAUACUCUGUCUGUUUGAUCAACUUGUUUCCCAAUGAACUUGUUCUUGCAAAACAGCGGGAAGCAUGUCACCAAGUUCUCCGAGUGUGCUUCAGAUGUGGUCUUUUCGAUUCUGCUCAGUUGCAACAAAGAAUAUAUACAUUGGGCGAUGCUUUAAUGAUUGAGCACAGCAGUUAAGAAUGGAUUGAAGAGUUACUUUGCAAUGAAUGUGGCUACUUCUCACUGUUUUGAAGGACUAAGUUUAUUGAGAGGGCUGCUGAUAAAAUGAACAGUAAUAUCAACUACGAAAACGUGGCAAGUGCAUCAACAUGGCAUCCUUACAUCUACAAGAAAAACGAUGACUCUUUUUAGUGGGUAUCAUGGUUGUUGUGCAGUGGCAAUUAUAUACAAACAGAAAAAGGUUGCCUCACCCCUGUCCUAGUGAUAUGAGUGUUACACUGCCACAGGAUGUUAAACAGUAUUGUUUCACCCAGUAUGCCUUCCUUGUUCAACAUUGCUUUGCUGUUAAUGGAACUGAAAAAAUUGUGCCCGUUCUUUCUGCAAACCUUUCAUUUAGCGUAUCUCAUAUGCACUGAACAUCUUUACUCCCAGUUGCCACCACAGUAAAACACAAAAAUGUCUGCCAACAUCACCUCAUUCCUAUUUUUGAAGGCAUCCUGCAAGACAGCUUUGAGCUAUGCUGUUUAAUAAGCAGCUGACAUUUGCUGUUGACCUGUUUGGUCUCAGCUUAGCUGCUGUCACUUCUUGUUCUGCACCAAUCUCUUCACAACAUCGGAUAUAGAUGAAGCUGUUUUAAGGUUGCCUUUCCAGGCUGCAUGCUUCAUAUGAUGCACCUUCAUUACAUUACAUUAAGAACUUUUUUAGGUUGCAUUCUAAUGAGCAUGGAAAUCCAGUUAGCUAAUGCUAAUGUGCUAAUGAUUAUGUGCCACCCGAAUCUCUACCAGGAAAAAUGCUCAAAAUGCAGGUGCCACUUAAUGCAUUUGCAUAUUUCUUUCCAUGAAAAAAGAACUGAUGCUGCUGCACAUGUUGAUGAAUGAUGAACUUGCACUGCAGAAGCAUAGCAGAGGAUCACACACACUGUUCUCAAAUUUUCGGCCACUGAAUCAUACAUCCCUGCCAGUUCCUGUAGGAAAUGAUUGUGCCAUGCUAAGCAGUGCGAGUUAUGUAUGCAAUUUAAAAUGGCACAUGCAUGACUGCGUGACUAAUCCCUAUGAGCUCCAUAUAAGAAUGCUCACUAGUGUGAAACAACAUGCUGGCUUGUAUUUUACAGUGUGCCAGUAAGCAUGUGCUUAAAAAAAAGAGAGCUACGAGUGGUAUUCUGACUUGCACAUGUGAGCAUACUAAUUGCAUGGACUCACAUAUGGCGCAGAUGAGUGCUUGUAGUAAAACACACUAAAUGGAGAAGCAGCAGUGCCCGACCAAACAUCCAUGUUUCAGGCGACUAUAGCAGAAUCAGUCGUAUCCUGCAUACAGGGUUGAAUUUUGAGAAAUGCUGAACGUAACAUGAGUGCUGACGUUAAUUGCUGGUACUAUUCAUUUACACUGUGCAAACCGAAGGGUGCUUUGUGUUUUUAGCAGUGGGCUUGGUGUACUUUAAAAAGUAUGUCUGUUGUUGGGCAUGCUUGCUGAACACUUUUUUUUUUUCUGGCCAUAGAAAGCGUGGCAUGUUGCAAUGAUGAUGUGUUUCAAUUACCAGUAUUGCAUUGGUCUUCCUAAGCUGAAUGAAAGCUUGUGAGAUGGUGCUUAUGUAGUCUCUGCUUGCGAUGCGCAUUGAAACAGCAAAAAAUGCACUUGCACAGUCUGUAUGCACCAUUAUUGUUUCCUUUGGUGUACACCCUUGCAAUUCUUUAACAGUAUUGUGGGAGCGCGGGAUAUGGUAGAGAGUAAUGUUCUCGAAAGGUAACGAGACCUGCCAAGAAUGCGCACUGAACUGCAAGCGCAGUCUGCUACACUGUUUGCUUCAGUGUACCUUUAAGUAAUCCUUGACUAAACGGUGCCGUACAGCGGAGCACGUCAAAGAGCACGUCAAAGGUCGAGAGUAUGCACGCUAUGCGCAGCCAAGUGCAGGUGUCCUCGUCUGUGCUCUUCUGCUAGGUGCAUUCAAUACCAGUGCUUUCUGCUGCAUUAUCAAUUGCUUAGUUUCUAUGAUUUCUUUUUUAUCAAUGCCAUACAGGCCGACACCGAUGUUGCUCCUUUUGGGCAUCAGCAUAGCAGACGGUGCUCGCAGUUCAGUGUGCACAUCAUCGGCAUAUCUCGUUGCCUUUCAAGAAUAUUAGACGCUACCAUAUCUGUUGCUCACUGUUCCUGCGAUACUGUUAAAACAUUGCAAGGGUGCAGCUCAUUUUAAAUUGAAUCAUACCUUCGUUGUUCCUUGGUCUUCUUCAACAUUGUCGCCACGAUUUUCCAUGCUGUGUUGACCAUUUGGUGUCUUGUAUCAUCGUGACUAUCAUUUUCCAUGUAAGACAAAAACACUUGUAAAAGUAAUAUAUAAAUAUUAAUAUAUAUAUAUAUAUACAUAUACACAUACACAUAACCACAUAUGCAAGACCGACUGAAUGAAUCCAAGCAAGGUUGCUUCAACUGAGCUCACAAAUGAAGACAACUCAAGCAUGACAUUAUACAUACACACAAAGAAUGUAAUUCUGAGCACUUUUUAUUCACCUCUGUACAUUUAUACCCAAUGUACAAUGCCAGUUGUAGCCUUUUUUUCUGUGUGCUGAAUAUUUUCUUUUAGUUCUUGUUAUUUUUCUAGUGCAUUGUUUUUAUAUUGUACAGAUGAUGGACCGAUGGCUCACUCUAUUACUGCAGCCUGUUUUGCUAUUGUUUGUUAUCAUGCUGAGGGAAUAUAUCCUUGUAGAUGUGUUUUCUCCUGUUUCAAUACAGGCCAUCUGUCUAGCACAAUCUAUUAAGCUUGGAUAUUUGUUGUUUUUUUCUUUUGUGUGUGUAAGAAAGGCAUAAAAUAUUGAAUAAAAAGAAACAGAUAUUUUAAUCUUUUUGUAUACUUUUUCCCAGCUGUGCAUUUGAGAGUUUUUUGUUGUUUCUUCCAACCUCUUUAGGUUGUCAGGGGAGCCCAGAAGCAACAAGAAUGCUUUUGCUAAAGGCUAGUUAUUGCCAAGCCAUCGGUUAGGUUGGCUGAGAAGCAUCCUUGUGUCAACAUUUUUUUAUACUGAGGCUCUGUUGCAUUUUGUUUUUACAUGAGAGUGUUAAAGAGCUCGUUUCUCAGAAAUUCGGGUGUCGGCAUCAUUGGUUAUGAGCGGAAAAUCAGCGUUGUCUGUAAGCGAAAACUCGAGAUAGAUGCAAAUAAAUAACUGAUAAACUUUAGUUCAAGUGGGAAUCGAACCCAGGCCGUCUGCGUGGUGUUAUGAAUGGGGUUGCGUGGCCCAUCGCUGCCGCCACUGUUGUGACCCGUGGUCGUCCCUCAGGCUCGCAGCUGAGAUUACGGGUCGUGGUAUCCCACCGCUGAAACCACUGUUGAGACUGGGGUUGCAUGGCUGGUGCGAACACGGGUGCGCAUCGUGCUCGGAGCAGUCAGAAGGACAAGAUGAAAAAGGAAAUACUUUAUGUACAGACUAUUUACAUGGUUCCGAUC